UUCAUCCCAGAAAACUCAGUUCACUAGUCUUCUCUCUCUCUCUCUCUCUCUCUUCAAUAAAUCAUAUAACAAAAUGAUAGAAACUAUGGUAGGCGAGUUUAGCAUUCCCCAAUUAUAUCCCAAUUUCUCAUCAACCUCUACUGCUACAACAACAACUGAUCUCAUGUUCCCCUGUCUAACGGACCAGUGGGGAGACUUGCCGUUACAAGUUAACGAUUCCGAGGACAUGAUCGUUUACAACUCACUCCGCGAUGCCGUUAAUUUAGGAUGGUCUCCGUCAGAUCAUUAUUUAACGGCGGCAGCUGCUGUUGUAAAAGCUGAGCCGCACGAUCAAUAUUACUCGUUUGAUCAGCGACCGCCUGCUCCAUACGCUUCCGAAUAUUCACUCCCUAGAAUUGAGCCGUGGAGUUUUCAGAUGAACGGUCAAGAUCAACUCUUUGAUAACUCGGGAAUGAUUACUCCUACCGUGUUAUUAAGUUUUGACAAUACUAAUUUGAAUCGCGACGUGAUGAGCAAGUGUUUUCCGAGCAAUGAUAAUAAUAAUAUUGGCUCGAAUCGGAGAUCGUCGGUGGCGAGAGGAAGGCAUUAUAGAGGUGUGAGGAAGCGGCCGUGGGGGAAAUUCGCGGCUGAGAUUCGAGAUCCGGCGAGGAACGGCAGCAGAGUUUGGCUCGGAACAUACGAGACGUCUGAGGAAGCGGCUUUGGCUUACGAUCGAGCCGCUUUCAAGAUGAGAGGGUCGAAAGCUUUGCUUAAUUUUCCACAUCGAAUCAGCUCAGGCGAGCCACCUCCGGUUAGGAUCACAGCUAAACGCCGAGAAUCUGAGACUUCAACGACGACUGGGUCUGGUAGCUCGUCGAAGAAGACGAAGGUUGUGAGAAGUUUGGCGGAGAAUAAUGACGUGGAAUCAAAGAAGGGAUUCAGUACUUUGGAGGUGGGCUCCACUACAAGUUUUCUGCCACUUGGGGAAGAGUUAUUAGUUAGUUAAACCAGAGAAAAUUCUCGUUACUUGAAAAAACAAAAACAAGUUCGUUGGUGUGUGAAUAUCAAGCUGCAAUGAAUGUAGUAGCCUUGUAUUAAAUUCAGUUUAAAACUUCAAACAAAGUUUUCAAGGAGAUCGAUAUAUUAUUUAA